GAAGUGGCGAGAAAGCAAAGAUUUAGCGAACGUCUCUUCUUCUCUCGUCUCGUCGGGAUAUGCGUAGGGUUUAACUCUGUAAAAUCAAAAACCUCUCCGUUUUUUUUUUUUCUGGUUCUGCUUUGAAUCCACAAGAGUCAUGCGAAGAUUCAACUGGGUUCUGCGGCAUGUACAAGCACGAAGAACAUUUGAUUCCCCGAUUGGUUUGCGUCAAGGGUCUCAGAAGCCGUUGUUCGAGCGUUACAUUCACGCUACAGGAAUAUACAGCUCCAGUGCUCGUAAUUACUAUGAUGUUCUUGGCGUUUCUCCAAAAGCUACAAGGGAGGAGAUUAAAAAGUCAUUCCAUGAGCUUGCGAAAAAAUUCCACCCUGAUACAAAUAGAAAUAAUCCGUCAGCAAAAAGGAAAUUCCAGGAAAUAAGAGAGGCUUAUGAGACCCUGGGAAAUUCGGAAAGAAGAGAAGAAUAUGAUAAGCUACGCUAUCAGAAUUCGGAUUAUGUAAAUAAUGACGGUGGUGAUGGAGAGAGGUUCAGACGUGCAUACCAGUCCAAUUUCUCGGAUUCUUUCCACAAGAUUUUUUCUGAGAUAUUCGAGAACAAUCAGAUAAAAUCUGAUAUUCGGGUGGAACUGUCGCUUUCUUUUUCCGAAGCUGCAGAAGGGUGCACAAAACGUUUGUCUUUUGAUGCAUAUGUCUUUUGUGAUUCCUGUGAUGGGCUUGGCCACCCUCGUGAUGCUGCCAUGAGCGUUUGUCCAACAUGCAGGGGGGUUGGACGAGUAACUAUUCCUCCUUUUACAGCAUCAUGCCAGACGUGCAAGGGGACGGGACACAUUAUUAAGGAAUACUGCAUGUCUUGUAGAGGAUCCGGUAUUGUGGAAGCCACAAAGACAGUUGAACUUGUGAUCCCUGGAGGGGUGGAGUCUGAAGCUACGAUCACAAUCGGAGGUGCUGGUAAUGUAAGAUCAAGAACAAGUCAACCUGGGAACUUGCAUAUCAAACUAAAGGUUGCUAAUGAUUCAACUUUCACUAGGGAUGGCUCAGAUAUAUAUGUGGAUGCUAAUAUUAGCUUUACACAAGCCAUUUUGGGAGGCAAAGUUGUGGUGCCAACACUUUCAGGCAAGAUACAGCUAGAUAUACCAGAGGGGACUCAGCCUGGUCAACUUCUUGUUUUAAGAGGCAAAGGACUACCGAAACAAGGCUUUUUUGUAGAUCAUGGAGAUCAGUAUGUCCGCUUCCGCGUUAACUUUCCUACUGAAGUGAAUGAACGUCAGCGUGCUAUAUUGGAAGAGUUUGCAAAAGAAGAAAUCAACAAUGAAUUGAGCGGCUCUGCUGAAGGAAGUUGGUGGAAUCUAACGGGUCCUCAGAUCAUACGCGAUUUCUCGUUAAUGGUGCUGGUGGCGCUAUUGUUGAACAAGUUAAUGGGAUGAAGCCACCACGAGAGAUGAAAGAUAAAAGCAUUCAGCAGAA